CCUACUUUCGCUUCUAUCUCCAGGCCUCCAUCUCUGUCCACCCUCUUUCUCUUCGUCUUGUAUCUCCCGCCGACCGCUCUUAUUUGAGUCUACCUACUCCCAGAGUUCUGCCGGAUUGGGUUUAUCAUGCCUGCAUGGCUCCUUCCUGCUUCUCCUUCCCACGCGUGGGCGAACGGAUGAAAGUGGGUUCCUUUAUGUCAUCAUAACAUCAUAACCAUCAGCAGCUUCUCCCCUCUUCUUCUCCCGAUCAGCCUCAAUGCUGCCCACACUAUCAGAUUCUGCUUCUGAUUUCUACUUCUCGGUCGCUCUUAUCUCCUGGUUUCCUUCUCGAAUCUUCCCAGAUUCCUCCUUGCCGCUUUGGUGCCAUGUCCACGCGGAGAAAGAAAUCCAAGACUGCCCCCACUAGGGCUGAUCAUCUCCAACAAGCCGUCGCCGAGUAUGCCAUCGGCUCCGGCAACUACCAUGAGGACCUGCUGCACGAUCUCUUCCAGGUCAUCCGAUCCGUUAACCCCGAUUACACCCCGACCCUGGUGGGCAUGAUCCGCAACCAUGCAUCGCUGGAUGAGGUGCGUGGCUACCUCACCCGCGUCCUGGCCGACGCCCAGCCCUCGCUCCAGGAUCAACAAGACGCUCUGGACCGCCUCGAGGGCCUGCGUCGCGGUAUCGAGGUCGAAAGUGAGCCCCCGCGCUUUCGGCCUCAGAUCAUGGACAUCCGGUAUCUGUGCAGCAGUGCCCCCUACCGCGUCCCUGCCAAACCCUGGACCUCGGUGACCGACGACGACGACUUGGUCUCCCACCUCGUCUCCCUGUAUCUCGUCUGGGAUUACCCUUUCUUCGCCUUCUUCGACAGUAAGACGUUUGUCAAGCACAUGGCCAUGGGCAACACCGAGUCCGACUUUUGCAGUCCCUUCUUGGUCAACGCCCUGUUGGCCAAUGCAUGCUAUUACUCGCAAUAUACGGAAGCCUACACUGUACCCGGUGAUGUUCGCACGAAAGGCGCCGAUUUUCUGGCGGAGGCAGAACGCCAUCUGCAGUCCCAUCAGUUCGAGAAGGGAGGCGACAUUCGUCUGGCAUCCUUGCAGGCGCACUUGUUGCUGUAUGAGAGAUACUCCCUGUCCGGCCACGAUGAUUGGGGUUACACUAUGCUACACCGCGCCAUUGAAAUGGGAGAGUCGUUGGGCAUCGUGAACCAAAAGACAGGCUUACGCCUCUCACUAUCCCAAAUGUCCGAGGAUAUGAUCGUCUCCAUUAAGCGCACCGCCUGGGGCUUGUUCCAGGUAGACACGGUCGUCCAUACCAACUUCCUCCGGCCUAGCCGCGUGAGAUCCGUCAAUGUCGAGCCCAUCGAGCGAGAUGAUGCCAACACAAGCGAGAGGUGGACGCCAUACCCGAUUUCCCCCACCGUCCGGCCGUCAUACCUGAGCCAAUAUUUUGACGAGGCAUGUAAGCUCUCUUUCAUCGCCCGCGACAUUUCCUGGAAUCUGUCCCGCACCGACCGGUCGGGCGCCGAGCCGGAUCAGCGCAAGCAGGAACUCUACGACCAACUCAGUGUAUGGGAGAGCAACCUCCCCGAAUGCUUCGAUCCGGCUACGCGACCGGCGCCACAUCUCCUUUUGCUCAGAAUGCGUUUCCACACGCUAGUUAUAAACCUGUGUUGCGAUCGGUUUGGAGUCCACCCCUUACUGUCAGAACAUGACAAUCGUGCUCCUCGAGAGAGCAAAGGGUUCAGCGCCAUGGAAAUUGCCAUGUCGUCGGUGCGGGCCAUCGCGGCGCUCACGCAGCAACUGCGGGCGGAAUACGGGAUGGAGCAUGCCCACCAGUUCGCCAUGUACUCGGUCAACCUGGCGCUGUUUACCCUCCUCGGCCAGGACACCUUCGAUAUUCUCGACCGAGACUUCCUGACCCUGACCAGCGCCAUGUCCAUCAUUGCCUGCCGUUCCCAACUGGGGCGCCAUCUCUUCCACCUCUUCAAGCUGUCGGUGCGGGCACGCAACCAGGGGGAUCGGGUACAGCAGUCGGACGAGGUUCCACCGGGAAUCAAAGAGCUGUUUCAGCCAGACUCAAUACCGCAAGUACCUGAUCGGUGGGAUAAAUACGCCGAGGAGCUCACCAAGAUCGACGGCGAACAGAGCUAUGUAGAGCACUUCCAGGAUGAUCCGCAAGCGUCGCCUGCCUCUGGCUUGCACGAGAUGUUGCAACAAUACGAGCGGUUAAGUGUUGGCAAAGACGAGGAGUGGCGCGAUCGUCGGCCCACAGAAAUAACCCAUUUUUUCUGAACUGAACUGAUCCUCUUGGGCGACAAUAUAGAUUAGACCAUGCGCCUGAGUGGCCAUAACUCUCAGGUACCCCCAACUGAGACUGUACAUAUGCAUCUUUCGACUCCAUCUUAGACGAUACACGAAGUCACUAUCUGGUUCUAGCAAAUUCAUUACUAUUUUACAAA